CUAAAAUAAUGCGUUACGAACAGCUUUGGUUCCCAAAAGCGUGAUUACACACACGAUUACUGCCAAGGCAACCGAAGUCCGGUGGAAGAAGAGUGGAUCCUCAUAUCGCCGUGAAUUCUGCUCCUCUGUAAAAGCACAGCCGUAGUGUGCUAUUUUGUGCCCAUGGUGCGAUCAAACGACAGCAUCUCUGUGUAAACGCUGUAGCUUCGCCGGUCCUUCUCUUGUAACACAUCAAUUACAUGCGUGUCAGACCACACACGGUGCAACCAACCCCCAGCACUCCAUGCUUGUUCACCUGACUGCUGAUUGGCGGAGUCCGUUUUUCUUUUCCCGAGUCGCAGAGCCAUUGGAUGCUGGCGCUGUCAAUCAGCUCGGCCCCGCCCCCAGCGUUUGUUUGGUAGAGUUGAUCGUGUGCUCGUUCUCUGUGUCGCGGCUGUGGGCUGGAGCCGCUGUCCUCGGACUGGCAGGUCACUUCGUGUUUAUUUCUCAUCCUUUGAUUCGAUCCCCCACUAAAUUGUACAAGCAGGCCACCCGACCGACGAUCUGCCGUCUGCUCAUUCAAUCUCACAGUCUCCAGUCCCCGUCAAGAGCAGUGAUAAAGAUGGCGGUGAGCGGGAUGUCAGGGUCGGUCGUCGCGCGGCUCGAGGGCCGAGAGUUCGAGUAUCUGAUGAAGAAGCGCUCGGUCACCGUCGGACGGAAUUCCUCACAAGGCUCCGUGGACGUGAGCAUGGGCCAUUCAAGCUUCAUUUCACGGAGACACCUGGAGAUUUUCUCCGCCGGCGAGGACGGAACGGGAAGCGGAGAUUUCUACCUUCGAUGCCUCGGCAAAAACGGGGUGUUCGUGGACGGCGUGUUUCAGAGACGCGGGGCUCCUCCUCUGCAGCUGCCGCGCGCGUGCACUUUACGCUUUCCCAGCACCACUAUCAAAAUCACGUUCACAGCCUUGUAUAGUGAGAAGAGCGAGCGCAGGAGCGCGCCGGAGUCUCCGGUGAAAGCCCAGAUCUCUCCGCUGACCAUCAGCAUCCCAGACAACAUCUCGCACCUGAUGAGCCCGCUGCCGUCCCCCACAGGUACCAUCAGCGCUGCUAACUCCUGUCCGUCGAGUCCCCGAGGAGCAGGACUGUCCAGCUAUAGGAUCGGCCGUGGACUCCCAGCUGAUCUCAAUGAAAACUCCCAAUCUGAAAAUGACAAGGAAGCGUCUGGAGGAGACAGUCCAAAAGAUGACUCCAAGCCUCCGUACUCGUAUGCUCAGCUUAUUGUUCAGGCCAUCACAAUGGCACCCGACAAGCAGCUAACACUGAAUGGAAUAUAUACCCACAUCACGAAGAACUAUCCGUAUUACAGGAGCGCAGACAAGGGCUGGCAAAACUCGAUUCGUCACAAUCUGUCCUUAAACCGCUAUUUUCUCAAAGUGGCUCGAUCUCAAGAGGAGCCGGGCAAAGGCUCUUUCUGGAGGAUAGACCCCUCGUCUGAAGCGAAGCUCAUGGAACAAGCGUUUCGUAAGCGCAGGCCUCGCGGCGUGCCGUGCUUCAGGACCCCCCUCGGACCGCUCUCAUCCAGGAGCGCUCCAGCCUCUCCGAACCACACCGGAGCACUGUCGGCUCACUCCAGCGGCGUUCAGACUCCAGACAGUUUAUCAAGAGAAGGAUCACCUGUUCCUGUGGAUCCGGAGCCUGCUCCUGCCGUUCAGCCCAAACUGACCGUCAUUCAGAAGACCGCUGGUUCACCUCUCGACACCCAACCGGUUCUCAUCACAGUUCAGCGGCAGCUCGCACAGACCAUCAAACCUGUGACCUACGCCGUGACCUCUCCGCUGUCCACUCACAUGUCCCAGCAGCCCGUGCUUCAGACGCUGCAUGUGAUCCCUGCGGUGACCGCUCUGACCGCAGCCGCACACGGGACAGAGCCAGCGCUCGCUCCGUCCAGCUUCACUAGAGCAGAGCCGCAGGGGAACGGAGAGCACCAGGAGCUCCGAGUGAAAGUGGAGCCGGUUCCUGCGGUCAGCACCAGCUCUCCAGUUCUUCAGACGUCUCCUGUGGGUCAGCACCAGCUGCCCGUGAAGCCCAUCGCUCAGAACGGGACGCAUGGGGUCACAGCGAGUCCUCUGCACAUCCUGGCCUCGGCGUGUCUCCCGACCAAACGACAGAACGGAGACCCAGCGGAGCACAACACCAAAAGAGCCAAGACUGAAGACGUCCCCAUCACAGCGGAGAGAGACCAGCAGAACACCACUGACUAGGGUCACGACCUUUGACCUCAACCCAUUUAUUGUUCCCCCCCGUCACCUGUUCACGAGACCUAGGUCCAAAACAGUGAUUGGAAUCAGGGCAAUGGUGAGAGAAACACGAGGUGGAGGAAGAAAGAGAGAGAAGGACUGUUACAUGAAUAUAAUCUACUGGAGUCAUGAGUGAGAGUAACACAGCGGAGGAGGAGGUCACUGUGAGCUCAGAGACAGACGACCGGCCAGUGUGUGUGUGUGUGUGUGAGAGAGAGAGAGUGUGUGUGUGUGUGAGAGAGAGAGAGAGAGAGAGAGAGAGAGAGAGUGUGUGUGUGUGUGUGUGUGUGAGAGAGAGAGAGAGAGAGAGGGUGUGUGUGUGUGUGUGAGAGAGAGAGAGAGAGAGAGAGAGAGAGAGAGAGUGUGUGUGUGUGAGAGAGAGAGAGAGAGAGUGUGUGUGUGUGAGAGAGAGAGAGAGAGUGUGUGUGUGUGUGAGAGAGAGAGAGAGAGGGUGAGUGUGUGUGUGUGUGUGUGUGUGAGAGAGAGAGAGAGAGAGAGAGAGUGAGUGUGUGUGUGAGAGAGAGUGAGGUGUGUGUGUGAGAGAGAGAGAGAGAGUGUGUGUGUGUGAGAGAGAGAGAGAGAGAGUGUGUGUGAGAGAGAGAGAGUGAGGUGUGUGAGAGAGAGAGGGUGUGCGUGUGUAUGUGUGUGUGAAAGUGAGAGUGUGUGUGUGAGAGAGUGAGAGCGUGUGUGUGUGAGAGAGAGAGAGAGAGUGAGGUGUGUGUGUGUGUGUGAGAGAGAGAGGGUGUGUGUGUGUGUGAGUGAGGUGUGUGUGUGUGUGAGAGAGAGAGAGAGAGUGUGUGUGUGUGUGUGUGUGUGUGAGAGAGAGGUGUGUGAGGUGUGUGUGUCUGUGUGAGAGAGAGAAUGUGUGUGUGUGUGUGUGUGUGUGUGUGGUUGGGGGGUGUGGGUGUGUGUUAUGUGGUUGUCCUGUUCCUGUCAGAAGACUGGCUGAACAUCACUGAACACUGAUUCGCUCUUAUAAUGUGAACGCGCUUCUUCCGCUUCAUCUUCACUCGUGUCUUCUCUCGGUGAAGGAGAUGUGGGGAGGUUUUCCUGUAGAUCGUGGCAGCUAGCUUCAUAUCCAGCUACCGAAUGCAGUCUUCAGUAGAUAUGCAGUAUUUUGUCGUAUGUGUACUUUAGGAUUUUAUUUGUGUUUCCCGAGGCACAAAUACUCAACUAAACAGACAACGCUGACGUGAGGUCACUUGGCUUUUUUCCAAUUUAUUUUCAUUUUUAAAGAUGUGGACUCGUGGUCAUGGAAAUGAAUGUACUUCAUUUUUUAUUUAUUUUUUUCAGAAAAGAAACACUAUUGAGGGUUUGCAUUAUUUGCUACUACAUCAAAUCAAAAUGAUGUUUACUCACAUCCUCUUUUUUAUAAAUAUUUUAACCAAUAACCCAACAGAUAGAUAUAUUUCCAUUUGUACUUAGUUAAAAUAUAUCAGCUUGCAUGAACGUGUUGAGAAAAUGUGCUGUAUCUGACUGCAGAAGAUGUAAGAAGAAAAUGCUAAAUGAUAUUUUAUACAGUUGGGAUCAUUACUGCACUUACCUUCUGUUUGUGACAUUUCCUGUCCUCCCCGUUGUUUUUGAUUUUAUAUUCCAGAUGUCUUUGGUUGUGUUUGAUAACUUUGUGUUGAGGUUGUCUCCUUGCCUGUUAAUAUUAUUUUAUUCUGUUGAAGCGACUGAAAGAGUCUCACGGAUAGUAUGCUUCACAAGGAGAAAUAAGUGCUAGAUGUUGUCCAGCUUCAGUGGGUAUAUGCAUUUUUUAUAAAUUAAAUUAAAAACUCCAUUUCUGUUC